AUGCGCCAAACCUGUUCAGCGCCAUGGUCCAAAGCGCUGCCAUCCGCCAGGGACCCGGCACGCCGCCUGCCGCAAGCCAUUGCUCACCGUGGCUACAAGUCUCGCUACCCCGAGAACUCCAUGGCCGCCUUCCGCGCUGCCGUCAAUGUCGGCACGCACGCCAUUGAGACGGACAUUCACCUCUCGGCCGACCAUGAGGUUGUCCUCUCCCACGACGGCAACCUCAAGCGCUGCUUCGGCGUUGACAAGCCCGUUAGCGCCUGCCCGUGGUCCUACCUGGCCACCCUGCGCAGCCUGCGCGCUCCUCACGAACCCAUGCCCCGCCUCGUCGACCUGUUGCGCUACCUCGCCGAGCCUGGCCGCGAUAAGAUAUGGAUCCUGCUGGAUGUCAAGGUUGACGACGACCCGGAUGCCCUGCUGAGCGCCGUGGCUGACGCUGUCGACGCCGUGCCAAGGUCGGAUGGCCUGGCCUGGGACCAGCGCAUUGUCGUCGGCUGUUGGACGCAGGACUUCCUCCACGCCUCGCUGCGCCAUCUCCCCUCCUACUCACCCGCUCACAUCUCCCACUCGCCCUACAACUCGAACCGCUUCCUCGAUUGCCCCGAGUAUGCCGGCCUGUCGUUCAACAUGCUGCAGCCGACGCUCGUAGGUCCUUAUGGCAAGCGCUUCAUACAACGUGUCAGGGCGGCCCCUGAUGCCGAGGAGCGCCGCUUGUACGUGUGGACGGUGAAUCAGGUCGAGUGGAUGGAGUGGUCGAUCGAGAAAGGCAUGGAUGGCGUCGUGACAGACGAUCCUGCUGCGUAUCUGAACGUCCUGAAGCGGUGGGAAGAGGCUGCUGCCGAGGGGUCCGAGACUGGGAGCAACGCGGCUGAGCAGCAGACCUCGACCGGCACCGAGAGUCACCCGCCGGUAGCGGCUAAGACGACUGCCACUGGCUUGAGGCGCUGGACCUGGUUGUACUUCCAGGUCGCCGCGAUCCAAGUUCUCCUGAUGCUCCUGACACCGUGGCUUGUACGACGCUCAAGGUGGAAGUUCACCAAACCUAGCAAGAAGAGCGUGCCCAAGGCAUAA